AUGUACUCCGCUCGUAUUUUACCAGGUGCUUUUCGUAUUUGUUUCAAAGGACCAGUUUCAAUACGACAAAUAUCCACUGUUGCGAAGUCGAUAGAGUCACGUUUUCCACGGAGCUUGUUUAAGAAUAGUAGAGGUGUUAUAAAAGUAAUCACAAGAACAUGUUUUCAUCCGGGUGCAAGUACGCUGGUGCCGAUGCAGGCCAAUGCUCAGCUCAGCGGAUGGCAAGUUAUUCGACAUUUGAUGGAGUUUGUUUGGCCUAAAGGAAAUGGAGCAAUUAAAAGAAGAGUGCUUGUUGCUCUUUGCCUCCUUGUCGGAGCUAAACUAGCAAACGUUUCCGUGCCGUUUCUGUACCGUGACGUCAUUAACUUUUAUAACGAGAAGACGCCUACAUUUUUACAACUCACAUUUGACACAGUGCCAAAUGCGUUACUGACAGUUGGGGUGUGCUUAAUCAUCGCAUAUGGGUUGGCGCGGGUUUCCUCGGCCUUGAUGAAUGAGCUGCGGAACGCCGUUUUCGCUAAAGUUGCCCAGAAUUCUGUUAGGCAAAUCGCCAGAAACAUCUUUCUUCACUUGCACUCUCUUGACCUCUCGUUUCACUUAAACCGCCAGACCGGUGCACUUUCCAAAGCGAUUGACCGUGGAACAAGAGGUAUGAGUUUUGUACUGUCAUCGUUGGUGUUUAACAUCAUUCCUACUGCUGUAGAGAUUGCAAUGGUAUCAGCAAUUUUUUGCGGAUCGCUGGGUGCGGAAUUCGCUUAUAUGACCUUGGGUAGUGUUGGAAUGUAUGCAACAGCAACCUUGGCAAUCACACAAUGGCGUACUAAGUUUCGUCAUGAGAUGAAUCAGGCAGACAAUGACGCUGGCAAUAAAGCAAUUGACUCGCUUAUCAAUUAUGAAACGGUGAAGUUCUUCAAUAAUGAGAAAUUUGAAGCUGACCGCUAUGAUUUUUUCCUAAAGAAAUUCGAGCAUGCUUCGCUGAAAACAACUUCAUCUCUCGCUCUUCUAAACUUCACCCAGAACGCCAUAUUCUCCGCCGGUCUUAUUGGAGUAAUGUAUCUAGCAGCGCACAAGAUUUCUAGUGGUGAAGCCACUGUUGGUGACCUUGUCCUUGCGAAUACGCUGCUUUUUCAACUUUCGAUACCAUUAAACUUCCUUGGAUCUGUUUAUCGUGAAGUUCGACAAGGUCUCGUAGACAUGAACACCAUGUUUUCGCUUCUCACGUUGAAGUCAAAAAUUAAUGAACGACCCAAUGCCAAAGAUUUAGUCGUAAAAGGAAACGACAUCACCAUCAGUAUAGAAAAUAUACACUUUGGAUACUUGCCAGAAAAGCCAAUUCUAAACGGGUUAACAAUGAUAAUUCCAGCUGGGAAAAAGGUUGCAGUGGUCGGAGGGUCUGGAUCAGGAAAAUCAACACUUGUCCGUUUGCUCUACCGAUUAUAUGAUGCGGAUAGUGGCCUCAUCCGUAUUAAUGGAACUGAUAUCCACGACCUAACCCUGAAUUCUCUCAGAAAAACGAUAUCAGUCGUACCACAGGAUUCUGUGCUUUUCCAUGAUACAAUCUUCUACAACCUUGCUUAUGGCAAUCCAGCAGCAAGUCGCAGUGAAGUUAUGGAUGCUUCUAGAUUAGCCGAUCUUCACUAUUCAGUAGAAAGAAUGCCAGAGGGUUACGACACCAUCGUAGGUGAACGCGGCUUGAAAUUGUCUGGAGGAGAAAAACAACGUGUUGCUAUCGCUCGAGCAAUCCUUAAGAAUUCUCCGUUAAUUGUUUACGAUGAAGCGACCUCUUCUUUGGAUGCAAUAACAGAAGCCAACAUCAUGCGUGCUUUAAAAGAAGCUGUGCAACAAAGGACUUCCUUAUUCAUUGCACAUCGUCUUGCUACUAUUGUGGACGCAGACAUAAUUUAUGUUCUGGACCAUGGUCGCGUUGUAGAGAGCGGUUCACAUGCACAAUUAAUUGCCAAAGGAGGACUUUAUGCUCAACUCUGGAGCAGUCAAAAUCGUCUGGGAACGGCUGUGCCGCCAAAAGAAGAAAAGAAGCAUGACGACGUACAAAUACUUGAGUUGGAUCUCGACAAAUGCUGUGGCAGUUCAAACUGUAAUCAAGCAGAAUUGAUGUCAGGCUGUUUCGAUCAAAUCAGCUGCAACUGCAGCCUUGAUUUGGACGGAAAAAGAAACGCUAUUGCAUCAGUUACUGCAGCUGCACUUUUCUCAGUAGCAUGGUGGCUUAUGAUUGACACUUCGGCGGUUUAUGGGAAGGCUGACUGGAACAACGUGUACUACAUAAUCACUGUAGGUAGUACUGUAGCAAUGUUCAUGGUUAAUGCUGUGUCGAACAGUCAGGUGCGUGGUGAAAGUCUCCACGAAGGACUGCUGGGCACUAAAGGGUCGCGUCUAUGGCUGAUGGCAGCGUUUGUGUUAUCGUUUGCAUCUUUAGUCGCUGCUACCUGGAUCCUCUUCAGUGACUAUGUUCUUCUGACUGGCGAUCACCCUGUAUGGCCGGGUGUUGCACUUUUUCUCACAAAUUUCAUAAUAUUUGCUUCUUCAUGUGUAUACAAAUUCGGUCGUACUGAAGAAAUGUGGGGAUGA